AUAUGUACCUAGGAGUGGAAUUGCUAGGUCCUAUGGUACCUCUGUUUUAACGUUUUGAGGAACUGCCAAACCAACUUCCACGGCAGCUGCACCAUUUUACAGUCCUACCAGCAAUAUACGAGGCCUCAUCAUUUCUAGCUCCCUUGGCUCCACCUGCCUUUCUUCUCUAACGGCUGGUCCACUGAUGUGUGGACUUGUACAUGAUGAAUUGUGAACUUCUAGCCACAUGCAGUGCUCUUGGGUACUUGGAGGGAGACACUUACCACAAGGAGCCAGAUUGCUUAGAGAGUGUGAAGGAUUUGAUCCGCUACUUGAGGCAUGAGGAUGAGACGCGAGAUGUACGGCAGCAGCUGGGGGCAGCGCAAAUCCUGCAGAGCGACCUCCUACCCAUCCUUACCCAACACUGCCAGGACAAGCCUCUCUUUCAUGCUGUUAUCAGGCUGAUGGUGAACUUGACACAACCAGCCUUGCUCUGUUUUGGCAGCGUGCCCAAGGAGCCCAGCUUCCGGCACCACUUUCUGCAGGUGCUAGCGUACUUGCAGGCCUACAAAGAGGCCUUUGCCAGUGAGAAGGCUUUUGGAGUCCUCAGUGAAACUUUGUAUGAGCUGCUGCAGCUGGGCUGGGAGGAACGGCAGGAGGAAGACAGCUUGCUGAUUGAGCGGAUCCUGCUGCUGGUCAGAAAUGUUCUCCAUGUCCCAGCCGACCUUGAUCAGGAGAAGAGGAUCGAUGAUGACGCCAGUGUCCACGACCGGCUUCUCUGGGCGAUUCACCUCAGUGGCCUGGACGACCUGCUCCUCUUCCUGGCCAGCUCAACUGCGGAGCAUCAGUGGAGCCUCCACGUGCUGGAGAUCAUCUCCCUUAUGUUUCGUGACCAGAACCCUGAGCAGCUGGCAGGAGUGGGGCAGGGACGCUUAGCUCAGGAGCGGAGGACAGCUGUGGCAGAACUGGAGGUGUUGCGCCAGCGAGAGAUGGCAGAGAAGAAGACUCGAGCCCUGCAGCGAGGCAACAGGCAUUCUCGAUUUGGGGGCUCCUACAUUGUCCAGGGCUUGAAAUCCAUUGGGGAGAGGGACCUCAUCUUUCACAAAGGUCUCCACAAUCUCCAAAACUACACUUCCGAUUUGGGAAAGCAGCCCCGACGGGUACCUAAACGUCGCCAGGCUGCCCGGGAGCUGUCCGUGCAGCGCCGCUCUGCCCUCAACGUGAGACUCUUUCUCAGAGACUUCUGCUCUGAGUUCCUGGAGAACUGUUACAACCGGCUCAUGGGCUCGGUGAAGGACCACCUGCUUCGGGAGAAGGCUCAGCAGCACGAUGAGACCUACUACAUGUGGGCUUUGGCUUUCUUCAUGGCCUUCAACCGAGCUGCCUCCUUCCGGCCAGGCCUGGUUUCUGAGACCCUCACUGUCCGCACCUUCCACUUCAUUGAGCAGAACCUCACCAACUACUAUGAGAUGAUGCUGACCGACCGCAAGGAAGCCACCUCCUGGGCACGCCGGAUGCACCUGGCUCUAAAGGCCUAUCAGGAGCUGCUGGCCACAGUGAAUGAGAUGAAUGCGUCCCCAGAUGAGGCUGUGAGGGAGAGCAGCCGCAUCAUCCAGAACAACAUUUUCUAUGUGAUGGAGUACCGAGAGCUCUUCCUGGCACUCUUUCGAAAGUUCAAUGAGAGAUGCCAGCCCCGCUCUUUCCUUCGUGACCUGGUGGAAACCACCCACCUCUUCCUCAAGAUGUUGGAGCGGUUCUGCCGGAGCCGUGGGAACCUGAUGGUGCAGAACAAACGAAAGAAGAGAAAGAAGAAAAAGAAUGUCCUAGAUCAGUCCGUAGCUUCUGGUAAUGUCCCCUACAGCCCAGAGGAACUGGAGUCUGUGUGGCCCUCCCUGGCCGAGCAGCUACAGUGCUGUGCCCAGGAUCCUGAGCUCAGUUUGGACUCCAUGGUUCCCUUUGAUGCGGCCUCAGAGGUGCCCGUGGAAGAACAGCGGGCAGAAGCCAUGGUGCGGAUCCAAGACUGUCUCCUGGCUGGCCAGGCCCCACAGGCCCUGACCCUUCUUAGGUCUGCCCGGGAGGUGUGGCCAGAAGGAGAUGUGUUUGGCUCUCAGGACAUUUCCCCAGAGGAGGAGAUUCAGCUGCUGAAGCAAAUCGUCUGGGCCCCGCUUCCCCGGCAGCAGGGACCAGAGGAACAAGGGGCGGAGGAAGAAGAUGAAGAAGAGGUGGAGGAGGAAGAGUUGCACAUGGUCGAGGUGUUGGAGAAAGAAUUUAACUUUCUGGACUACCUGAAACGCUUUGCAAACUCAACUGUCAUCCAAGCCUACGUGCUGCUGCUGCGGAGCUACAAGCAAAAUAGCGCCCACACCAACCACUGUGUCGUCAAGAUGCUGCACCGUCUGGCCUAUGAUCUCAAAAUGGAAGCCCUGCUUUUCCAGCUUUCCCUCUUCUGCCUCUUCAAUCGUCUGCUUAGCGACCCUGCGGCUGGGGCCUACAAAGAGCUAGUGACUUUUUCCAGAUACAUCCUGGGCAAGUUCUUUGCACUGGCCGCAGUCAACCAGAAAGCCUUUGUGGAGCUGCUGUUCUGGAAGAACACAGCUGUGGUUCGAGAGAUGACUGAGGGCUAUGGCUCCCUGGAUGGCAGAUCUUCUAGUCACAGACCCCCUGUGUGGAGCCCAGAGGAGGAGGCCCAGCUUCAGGAACUGUACCUUGCCCAUAAGGAUGUGGAAGGUCAGGAUGUGGUGGACACCAUCUUGGCACACCUGAAAACUGCUCCUCGGACACGCAAGCAGGUCAUCCACCGUCUGGUACAGCUGGGACUGGCUGACAGCGUCAAGGACUUCCAGAGGAAAGGAACCCAGAUUGUACUGUGGACGGAAGAGCAGGAGCUGGAGCUGCAGCGGCUUUUUGAGGAGUUCCAGAGCUCUGAUGAUAUCCUGGGUAAUAUCAUGAAGAACAUCACAGCCAAACGCUCACGGGCCCGAAUAGUAGAUAAACUGCUGGCUCUGGGGCUGGUGGCUGAGCGGCGGGAGCUGUACAAGAAACGCCGGAAGAAGUUGGCGCCCUCAAGCUUGCCUAAUGAAGAGGAGUCCUUGAACGAUUUUUGCCAGGAAGAUCUAGAAGAAGAGGAAAACCUGCCAGAGGAAGAGAGUGAAGAGGAUGAAGAGAAAGAGGAGGGCUCAGAAGCAGAACAAGCCCACGGUGGCUCCGUCCUUUCAACUCAAAACCUUGGGCAAAACCUGCAUCAGGAAGGCUUUUCUGCUCCCCUCCUGUGGCUCCAGAACUGCCUCAUUCGAGCAGCAGAUGAUCGGGAAGAGUUUGGCUGCUCUCAGGCAGUUCCACUGGUGCCACUGACAGAAGAAAAUGAGGAAGCAAUGGAAAAUGAACAGUUUCAGCAGCUGUUGCAAAAGCUAAGGGUUCGGCCUCCUGCCUCUGGGCAGGAAACCUUCUGGCGAAUUCCAGCCAAGCUGAGUCCCACCCAGCUCCGGAGGAUGGCAGCUUCUUUGAGCCAACCAGAGGAGGAGGAAAAGCUUCAGCCAGGAUUAGAACCUAAGGUCCCUGGAGAGCAAGGCCCUGAGGAGGAGCACCGAGCACAUGCCCCGAGGGCCCUCCUGUCAGCCCGGAAAGAGAGAGCAGGCCUGCUGUCCCCAGAGGUUCCAGAGGAAGGGACUGAUGGUGGGAAAGAGCAGCUGAAAGUGGCACCCAAGAAGCGACAGCUGUUGGACAGCGAUGAGGAAAAGGAGCAAGAUGAGGGCGGGAGCAAAGAUAUCCUGUCUUCUCACCCCUGUCACUCCCAUAGCACCAGAGUUGGGAGCUCCAGGAAUCUGGAGGAAGAAGAAGCGGUUUCAGAUAGAGGAUGACGAUGAGAGCGACUGAAGAGCCAGAUGCCUAGAGGCAGAGACAGACCCAUUUUUAAGUGGUGAAUUUAAAUCUUGAGUUUGGAGGGGCAUACAGGACCUGGAAACUCCUCUUACUGGACAGAAGCCGUGGAGCCCUGGGCUUCCCCAUGGAUCUAGGGUCCAGGAAAUCCAGGCAACAGUGUUGGCCUCCUGUUCAGUCACUUCUUGCUCCUCCCACUUUUAUCAGUGUGCCUCAGUAGCUCUCUGGAGACUUAUUCCUUUUCUUCUUUGGUUAAUAGCACACCCUGGCAAAGGAGAGGAGUGAGUGAAUAUAGAAGGCACCUUGGACCCCUGUUACUGGUCUGUUCCUUUUGGCUUUCUGCUGGAGGUGGGUCACAGCACUAGAUGGGGGGUUUUGUGACAUGAUGAGUGGGGAUGUUGCACCAUUUUUAAAAGGCACUAGACGAGCCCAUCCUCAUUUUCUUUCCUGUGAUCACCCGCUGAACACCAGAUUGAGCCCAGUUCCUAAUGUUGAAAUAGGGUUGGGAUGCAGUACUCUUCAGAUGAUGAGCGUUUUUGGUUGGUGUUUGGCAUUGAAUUAAACAUGUAAAAUUAAAAGUUGCCAAUGUUGAUCUGA